UAAAUUCUUCCUUCUGAGAAACCUUAGCGAAUGUCUUAUCAAGGAAGACAAUGCCUCACGUUAAGUCAUGUUGUUUCACAGACUCUGAGCUGGACAGAGGUGCUAACCCUGAAGAACCUCUCCAGAAUCCAAGUUGCUGAAUCUUCCUUGCUGCCUGCAGAGGCUCCAAACCACCUUUUGACAAUGGGAAACUGGGUGGUUAAUCACUGGUUUUCAGUUUUGUUUCUGGUUGCUUGGUUGGGGCUGAAUGUUUUCCUGUUCGUGCAUGCCUUCCUGUCAUUUGAGAAGGCCACCAAGUACUACUACACAAGACAAAUACUUGGGUCAGCGCUGGCCUGGGCCCGAGCCUCUGCUCGCUGCUUGAAUUUUAACAGCAUGCUGAUUCUUCUUCCCGUGUGUCGAAAUUUGCUGUCUUUCCUGAGAGGCACCUGCUCAUUUUAUAGGAGUACCCUGAGAAAGCAACUGGAUCACAACCUUGCCUUCCACAAACUGGUGGGAUAUAUGAUCUGCCUACACACAGCUAUUCACAUCAUUGCACACCUGUUUAACCUUGAACGAUAUAGCAGAAGCAGACAGGCCACAGAUGGAUCCCUUGCUUCCAUUCUCUCCAACCUACCUCAUCAGGAGCAUUAUUCAUGGCUAAAUCCCAUCCAGUCCCCAAACACAACAGUGGUGUAUGUGACAUUCACCAGUAUUGCUGGUCUCACUGGAGUGAUCAUCACAGUGGCUCUGGUUCUCAUGGUGACUUCAGCUAUGGAAUUUAUCCGGAGGAGUUAUUUUGAGGUCUUCUGGUAUACACACCACAUUUUUAUCAUCUACUUCAUUGGCUUAGGAAUUCAUGGUCUUGGUGGAAUUGUCCGGGUCCAAACAGAAGAGAGCAUGGCUGAGAAUCAUCCUCACAAGUGUGCAGAGUUUUUUGAGAAGUGGGAUGAUCCUGCCUCCUACUGCAAGCCUCCCCAAUUUGAAGGGCUCCCUGCUGAGUCUUGGAAAUGGAUCCUUGCACCAGGCAUUCUUUACAUCUUUGAAAGGAUCCUCAGAUUUUACCGCUCUCAGCAGAAGGUUGUGAUUACCAAGGUUGUCAUGCACCCAUCCAAAGUUUUGGAAUUGCAGAUGCACAAGCAUGGCUUCAGUAUGGAAGUGGGACAGUAUAUUUUUGUUAAUUGCCCCUCAAUCUCUAGCCUGGAGUGGCAUCCCUUUACCCUGACCUCUGCUCCAGAGGAAGACUUCUUCUCCAUUCAUAUCCGAGCAGUGGGGGACUGGACAGAAAAUCUCAUAAGGACUUUUGAACAACAGUAUUCACCAGUUCCCAGGAUCCAGGUGGAUGGACCUUUUGGCACUGUCAGUGAGGAUGUUUUCCAGUAUGAAGUGGCUGUGUUGGUUGGAGCAGGAAUUGGGGUUACCCCCUUUGCUUCUAUCUUGAAAUCCAUCUGGUACAAAUUUAAGCAUGCAGAUCACAACCUCAAAACACAAAAGAUCUAUUUCUACUGGAUCUGCAGGGAGAUGGGUGCUUUUGCUUGGUUCAAUGACCUAUUGGCUUCCCUGGAACAGGACAUGGAGGAAUUAGGCAAAGUGGGUUUUCUAAACUACCGUCUCUUCCUCACCGGAUGGGACAGCAACUUUGCUGGUCAUGCAGCACUAAACUUUGAUAAGGCCAAUGACAUCCUGACAGGUCUGAAACAGAAAACUUUCUUUGGGAGACCUAUGUGGGACAAUGAGUUCUCUACAAUAGCUACCGCUCACCCCAAGUCGGCGGUGGGAGUCUUCCUAUGUGGUCCCCAGACUUUGGCAAAGAGCCUGAGCAAAUGCUGUCACCAGUACUCCAGCCUGGAUCCUAGGAAGGUUCAAUUCUACUUCAACAAAGAAAAUUUCUGAGUUAUAGGAAUAAGGAUAGUAAUCUGCAUUUAAGUCUCUUCAUCGUCAACAAUUUACUUGGUUUGGUCAGGUUGAGGCAACCACUUAAAGACAGUAACAUGUUUCUUUCAAGGCUCAAGUCCCUGGCACUCAUUUUUGAUUGGAUUCAACUUAGUCAUCACUGAGCUUCAUGGACCUAAGAACUUUAGUAGUUAUCAUAAUUGCAAAGCCCAUGGAUUCUUUCUUUGGAAAUUCACUGUAAAUCCUUCUGGAAUGUCCUGAUUGCAGCAAGGCCUGAUAGCAGAUGCAGUUGACAGUUACAUAAUUUAACCUCGGGUGAUUUUGUUGAUUCCAAGUGUUAACCAUAUCCUGGACUCUGGGUCAUUCUCCUAGUCCUCCUACCCACCAAGAAAAUUUCUAAGUAAGGUGAUUUUUUUUCAAAUAAAAAUUUAUUAAAGAAUUAAUGACAAAAUAUAAUAAACAUAAAUAGUAAAACAACAAACAUAAAAUUACCAAGAACUCAAUCCCUAUAUAACAGUAUGUACAUUCUGUUAAACAUGAUCUUAUCCAGUGUGAACGGCAACUUAUGCUUUACUCAUUUUUGCUUAUCAAAAAAUGAAGGAUUUUUCUGUUUAAUGAAUAAAUCAUUUGUUACUUUAUCUAGGCUCUCCAU